ACACCAUGCAGUUCGCUCGCAACAAACGAAAGAAGCAGGAUCUCCAGUCUGCGCACUACGAGCUGCCUCUGCAGUUUUAUGGGCAGCCUCCUCUUGAAAACAUCUCUCUCUCUGAGUUUGAGGGAUUUGCUGUGGACAGACUGAAAUUGUUAAAGGCCGUUGAGAGGUUUGGAUUGAGCGCUGUGAAGAACUCUGACGACUACAAGAAAAAACUGACUGCAGAGAUGAAAAUUCUGGACUUUCCUUACCGAGCAGAUGCUGAUGAAAAGACAGAUCUGGAUGGAGCAAGUGAACCUGAGAGACGGAGAAAGGACCAUAUCUCCCACUUCGUUCUCAGACUGGCCUACUGCCAAACGGAGGACUUGAGACGCUGGUUUAUACAACAGGAAGUCGAUCUUUUCCGCCACCGUUUUAAUGACCUUGAUCCAAAGAGAAAGCUUGAAUUCCUUCGCAAGAACAGUCUCCAAUAUGACACAAUCAGUGACACGGAGAAAAAUGAGCUGCACCAGAAACUUAUCAACUCCUGUUAUAACAUCAGUGGAGUAACUGUGAAGAGCCAGGACAUCUACAAAUUUGACAAAGCCUACACCUAUAGCAUCCGCCACAUGUUUGGCAAAGAGGGCAAACGAGCAGACUACACGCCCUACAGCUGCAUGAAGGUGAUUUUAUCCAACGCACCCAGCCAGGGCGACCAUCAUGGAUGUCCCUUUCGCCACAGCGACCCGGAGAUGCUGAAGCAGAAGCUUCAGUUCUACAAAGUGUCUCCCAGUGGAAUCAACCAGAUCCUGGAGCUGGUCAAAGGAAUGCAUUACCAGCUGGCGUGCCAGAAAUACUUUGAGCUGACCCACAGUGUUGAGGACACCGCUUUCUCGCUCAGUCACCCCAACCAGUACUUUAUAGAGAGCCAGAAAAUUCUGGGCGGAGGCAGGGAGAUAAAGCGAGAGAUGGACUCUCCCCAGAGGUCGCAGGCAAACUCUGCAGCCGGAGGAUCGACUGCAGCUCGAGAGGCAACAGCAAAUGCACCCCAGCAUUUGGCAGAGAUGACUGAGGACCUGGACUCUUUCUUUCAAGAUGCCUGAUUUCUGUUUUAAUGUAUUUUAUCAACCUAUUGAGUGAUUUUACAUAACCGGCUUUCAGUUCAUGUUUUUGUCCUGAUCAUCGUACCAUAAAUGUAGUUUUGUUCAAUUAAAGGGAUAUUUGUUUAGUCUGUUUUAUUUUCUUUCUUUGCUUUCGCUCUGGUCUGAGCUCACAUGCUUUAUACUCAGCCUCAAUGCACAGAGUUUGGCAGCAACAUGGGUUUUGGGGUGAUGACUAGAACAUUUCCCUGCUGUCUCAGAAACUAUGUCAUUGUAUUUGCUGGCAGCACUGUGGAUGAAUGGUGACAGGAGGAUGGAUGAAAAAAUAAACUGCUUCCACAGUUGUAUUACUCUGGCUUGGAAUAUUGCCUCAUAGUGUGCAAUGCAAUUUAUUCAAAGCGUAAGUGGUGAAAAGAUAUUUCCCCUUUUCUUUCUUGAGCCUCUGUCUUAUUAAUAUUUGCAAAAAGUGGGUGGCAGGCGAAAAGUUGAGAAGCCCUUAUGGUUGCUGUACGACUGCAACACAUCCUGCUACUGUAAUUUAGCCUUUUUAAGGAGGAGCAGUGCUUUUAUCUCCGAUCUUUCAACACAUUUUACAAGAUUGCUGACUUUACGUCCAAUUAGAGGCACUGAAGACUUGGCUUUGAAUUUCAUGAAUAGGAUUGCAUUCU